UUCUCAUUGAUAUUUUGAAGAUCGUAAUUUUGGAAUGGGUGUAUAUUUUCCUUUCGCGAUUUCUGUGUAAAUAAAACGUUGAAUACAAAUAAGAUAUGUUUAUUUGUAAACAACAUAUAUCUCUUGAUUCUUGUAGAACAAACUAAGGUGCUAAACGUGACUAAUAGCUCACAGUAACUACAUUUGUAUGGUCAGUGUUCGUAUGAAUAUUUAUAAAUGACAAUGAAAAUAAACGAAAAGAAUUUGUGCGCUUUCGCGUCGUCUGCGACGCCGGUGGACCGCGACGGGUGGCUAGACAUGCGAGGCGAAGUCGGAAAAAGUUACCAGAAACGAUGGUUCGUGUUGAAAGGCAACCUCCUGUUUUAUUUCGACAAGAAAGGUGACAAGGAACCAGUCGGUGUGAUCAUUCUGGAAGGGUGUACCAUAGAGUUGACAGAAGAAGAAGCAUACAGUUUUAAGAUAUCCUUCCAGUGCGACGGUGGGCGCACUUACUACUUGUGCACCAACUCACAGGCCUCCAUGGAAGCUUGGAUGAAAGCUCUAGCCUGCGCCAGUUAUGACUACAUGAAGCUCAUGGUGUCUGAUCUGCAGAGGCAGUUGGAUGAAGCACAAGCGGAAGCAGCAGCUGAAGCAGCACUCGUAACAAUAACUCCACCGGAAGAGGAACCUAAAGUACCUCCGAGAGGGCAGAGGUACAACCCCUUCAACAGAGUCCCAGACGGAGAGAGUAAAGCUGUUCAGGGCAGUAGACAUCACAAAGAGAACAUGAGACCAGACAUGCCUCGCAAAAGGGUACCGUUUCGAGACAUCCACACAGCCUACGGACGUAAAAUAUUAGCAGAUAGAAGCGAGUGGCGGGCCAAACUGAGCAAACAGAAAGAGGACACAUCGAAACCUUUAAUACAAUUCUAAUAAGGUAUAAUUUCGUUUAGCAAUUUUCUAAAGCCGAGCAAUAUGAUAAAGGAGGUUUUCUGCCUAUCACUUAGUGAGAUUGUAUUGUUAUAUUGUUCUAAAGCCUUGGGUACACUAUUAGAAGUACUUAGGUACGCUUAUUUAGUUUUAAAAUAGCGAUGUUUGUGUUUAAGUUGCUUUAUAUUUAAAAAUAGUAUCUUUUAAUGAAGAAAAUAAAUUAUUGCUAAUAAAAUAAAUAAUAAUUAAAAUGAAAUAGAGAUGUUCCUGACCAACCUAGUUAGUUUAAAAUUAAGUACAGUAAUAUUAAAUUGUCAAACACCGCGAGGACACCGGUGACCGCAACCUAU